UGUAUACGUGUGUGUCCGCGACUAAAAAAUCAGUAUAUACAAGCACCUGUCAGUACAGGAGUAGCGCUCAGCGGGCAACGAUCGUGCGGCUUAUUACAGAGCAGCAGCAGCGCGCCUAGCUGCUCUCCGAUAUACAUAUACAGCUAACGUCCGAUCGCAUCGUCGUCGCGAUCGGCAUAUUAAAAUCGACCGGCAGUUGGACAGUGUCGCGGUUACAAAUCCUGCUCUUUCAUUUAGACUUUUCAUUUUUUUUUUUUUUGGCUCGUUUCGAAUUUGGCGCGCGCUCCUUUUGAUUCACCCGCGCGUUGGAUGCAGAGGCGAGCGUGAGUGAGUGUGACAAUUCGACCGAAUUACAGAGAGAGACAAUAAUCUAUAUAAUAUAUGUACUACGAUGUGCGUCGAGCUUUAAAACUGGCAAUUAACGUGCCCAUGCACGAAGCUCGUUUUUUUUUUUGGUGCGCGUUACAUGUAUACGUGUGUGUGUGUGCAACAAGGCUCGUUUGCGAGUAGCCCAGGCGUUACGUUGACUGCACUUUUUUUUCCUCUCUUUUUUUUCUACUCUUUUUAUUCUGUCAUUCGAGCGCCGCCAGUCCAUGACAAAGGAUUAACUCGGCAGCGCAUACACGCGCCGCGCUUGACGCUCGUUUAGAGUCUUUUUUUUUCUUUUUUAUCGCCGAUAAAUAUACGCGGCGUUAUAUAUCGCUCCCCGCGCGUGUACCUAUAUGCACGCGCGGCUAUAAACAACGAGAGAGGAGAUCGCAGUUUUUCCGGACGAUCGGCCUGUAUACAGCCGAAAAUCCGCAACGAAGAGCCGCCGCCGCCGCCGCUGCUGAAAUUCAUCCUGCGCGACACACGAUCGUCGUCGACUAAUCACGACCAUACGCGAUUGGAGAUAAUGUCUACUUUGGUAAUCAUCGAUUAUAGAAUUGAUUGCGAAUAGAUUGAGCUGCAUUCGUUCAACUUCCUCUGAACUAGAUCAAUGGGGAAAAUUUGACACUAAUUUCUACAAAAUAUCGUUGCAUCAUCACAACAAAGCAAAAAUGUCAAAGUACGACAUAAAAGAAAGCUACGACGUCGAAAGCGGCAAAGACGUGAGAUUGACCAGCUAUAACAAAUCGCCGAUGGACGAUUACGGCAAAAAUUUUGUCAACAAAAACGAGAGGAAUGUCGCUGAAAAACCAGACGUCGUUCAGCCCAACGGAACCGCGUUGACGAAUAAUAUCUUCAGUAACAGCAUCGAAAUCGGUGAUUACGAGCGCAGCGACGAUAGCGCGUUGGGAAAUUCGUCGUGUUGCAGCUGGCUCGACCAAAAAAUUCAAACGACCUUCAGGCGGAAAAUGCUGUAUAAGAGAAUUCCCAUAAUCCAAUGGUUGCCGCAUUAUCGCAAGGAAUACAUUGUUAGUGAUAUGGUGGCUGGAUUUACUGUUGGACUUACUGUCAUUCCGCAAGCCAUAGCCUAUGCCAAUGUUGCUGGGUUGCCUCUUCAAUAUGGUUUGUACUCCUCAUUCAUGGCAUGCUUCGUCUACACAAUUUUUGGUUCAUGCAAAGAUGUACCUGUUGGUCCGACUGCAAUAGCUGCAAUUAUGACUCAUGAAACAUUGGAAAAGUCACACUUGGGUCCAGACUUUGCAGUAUUACUGACUUUCAUAUCCGGCUGCGUUUGCAUGCUUAUGGGCACCCUGCAACUAGGUUUCCUCAUCGACUUCAUCUCGGGUCCUGUGUCGGUUGGCUUCACCUCGGCCGCGGCGAUCAUCAUAGCCACGAGCCAGGUGAAGGACAUCCUCGGCAUAUCCAUCAAGGGUGGCAAAUUCACGCAGGUCUGGCAUCAGAUAUUCGAGCAGAUCGGCCAGACCCGCCUCUGGGAUGUUGUCCUCGGGCUCACCUGCAUGUUCAUUCUUCUGAUCAUGCGAAAAGUCAAGGACAUCCCGGUGGUGCCCAAGGACGAGAAGAAGCCCGCCGCCUGGCGCAUCACCCUGGAGAAAUUCUUGUGGCUGAUGUCGACGGCGCGCAACAUCCUCGUGCUGGUGUCGUGCGCCCUGGGGUGCUGGCUGCUCGAGCGUCACCUGGGCAGCUCGCCGGUCGUCCUGACGGGCCACGUCAAGCAGGGCCUGCCCGGCCUCGGUCUGCCGCCCUUCCAGGGCAAGGUGAACAACGAGACCUAUCACUUCCUCGACAUGGUCCAGCUGAUGGGCUCGGGUUGCAUCGUCGUGCCGCUGCUCAGCAUCCUCGAGACGAUCGCCAUCGCCAAGGCAUUCUCCGAGGGCAAGCCGAUCGACGCCACCCAGGAGAUGCUCGCCGUGGGCGCCUGCAACAUCGUCUCGUCGUUCUUCUCCUCGAUACCGGUGAGCGGCGGACUGAGCCGCGGCGCCGUCAAUCACUCGUCGGGCGUGCGCACGACCCUCGGCGGCGUCUACACCGGCCUCCUGGUCCUCGUCUCGCUGCAGUUUCUCACGCCCUACCUGUACUACAUACCCAAGGCGUCGCUGGCCGCGGUCAUCAUCGCCGCCGUCGUCUUCAUGGUCGAGGUCCAAGUCGUCAAGCCCAUGUGGCGCACCAAGAAAAUCGACUUGAUCCCGGCCGUCGUCACCUUCCUGUGCUGCCUGCUCUUGCAGCUGGAGAUCGGCAUCGUCGUCGGAAUCGGCAUAAAUCUGCUCUUCUUGCUCUACGCCUCGGCGAGACCGUCCAUACGAGUCGGCAAGGAUAUCAACGUCGACGGCCUGGAGUAUCUGGUAAUCACGCCCGAUCGCAGCCUCGUGUUCCCGAGCGUCGAGUACGUAAGAUCGAUGAUCAGCAAGCAAGGCUCGAAGCAGGGUACGGACGUGCCCGUGGUUAUCGAUUCGACUCACAUACAAGCUGCGGACUUUACGGCGGCUAAGGGUAUUAAGAGUCUCAUUGAAGACUUCGAACGCAGAGGCCAGCCGCUGCUCUUUUACAAUUUGAAGCCGAGCAUCGUUACGAUUUUCCAAGGCGUCAAGCCCGUCGAAUUGCGCGUCUGUUACAGCGAGGAAGAACUGAAUAAUUAUUUAAUGGAUUUUGCCAACAACACGAACAAUACGGUAACUAGGCACUGAGCGACGACCGAUCUACAUUCGAAUCGUCAUUUUAAAAAAAUUGGCGUUAAC